UUAAAUUCUAUGGUACACUGAAUGUCACUUACGUCAAUACUUUGUUCAUUUCGUUCUUUUUACAGUUUUCCUCCGCACGGGUUGGACGUUUGGGUUAAAGCACUUAUUAUCCAAAUUUAUCUACCAAAAUGAGGAUCUACAAAGAUAUUUUCACCGGUGAUGAGAUUUUCUCCGACACAUACAAAAUCAAGCUUGUAGAUGAGGUGCUCUAUGAAGUUUAUGGUAAACAUGUAUCCCGUAAAUCAGAUGACAUUACCCUUGACGGUGCCAAUCCAUCUGCUGAGGAGGCUUCCGAGGAUUGCGAAUCCGCGGUAGAAUCAGGCGUUGAUAUUGUUUUGAAUCACCGAUUAUGUGAAACUUAUGCCUUCAAUGACAAAAAAUCGUACACUUCUUAUCUAAAGGAUUACAUGAAGAAGCUUGUUGCAAAAUUACAAGAAACUGCCCCAGACCAAGUAGAUAUCUUCAAAACAAAUAUGAAUAAAGUAAUGAAAGAUAUCUUAGGUAGGUUUAAGGAACUCCAAUUUUUUACUGGAGAAUCUAUGGAAAUUGAAGGCAUGGUAGCUAUGUUGGAGUAUCGUGAUAUAGAUGGGGAAUCAGUACCAGUACUGAUGGCUUUCAAACAUGGAUUAGAGGAAGAAAAGUUCUAAAAUAAUUUUAAAAAUAUUUUGUUUAUUGACAAUUCUACCUUUUUUUUCAAUUGUGAAAUGCUCAUUAUUUUAAACCAUCAGAAAUAUAUUUAUAUAUUUAAAAAAUAAAUCGAAAUACGCCUGGUUUUUCGAAAUGA